GCGGCGGUCCUGUAUUUGUCGCGACUUCUCCUCUUCCUCGGCAACCCAACCUCUCACCGUGGUCUGUGAUGGGGCGCACGUCGAAAGACAAGCGUGAUGUCUACUACCGGCUGGCCAAGGAGGAGGGCUGGCGGGCUCGCAGCGCCUUCAAACUUCUCCAGCUGGAUGAGGAGUUCCAGCUCUUCAGCGGUGUGAGUCGGGCUGUGGAUCUCUGCGCCGCCCCCGGGAGCUGGAGUCAGGUGCUGAGUCGCAAGCUCGGGGAGGAUGGGUCCCCGGCCUGCAUCGUAGCUGUGGAUCUGCAGGCCAUGGCGCCCUUGCCCGGGGUGGUGCAGAUUCAAGGUGACAUCACCAAAGCAUCCACGGCGCAGGAGAUUAUCGGGCACUUUGAGGGGGAGCCUGCCGAUUUGGUAGUAUGUGAUGGCGCCCCUGACGUCACUGGGCUGCACGACAUUGACGAGUACAUCCAGGCCCAGCUUCUUCUGGCGGCCCUCAACAUAGCCAUUCAUGUCUUGAAGCCCGGUGGGAGCUUCGUAGCCAAGAUCUUCCGAGGCCGGGACGUCACCCUACUCUACUCCCAGCUUCGCAUCUUUUUCCCGGAAGUGGUGUGUGCCAAGCCCCGGAGCAGCCGUAACUCCAGCAUUGAAGCCUUCGCUGUGUGCCGCGGCUUUGCGCUCCCGAAAGGCUACGUGCCCAGCAUGCUGAACCCCCUGCUGGACCACAGCUACCACGGGGACUUCAACCAGCUCGAGGGCCCCACAAGGGUCAUCGUGCCCUUUCUGGCAUGUGGGGACCUGAGUGCUUAUGAUUCAGACCGCACCUACCCACUGCAGCUGGAGGGGGCCCAUGAGUACAGGUACACGCCACCAGCACAGCCACCCAUCAGCCCGCCCUACCAAGAGGCCUGCAAACUCAAGAAGUCUGGGUGUCUGGGUCGGUGCACACUGCACCCUGAGUUUUUGUCCGAUUCCCAGGAGCAGGGAUCCACUGAGUCUGAGGAGGAUAGCGAGGAUGAGAGCUACAAGGAUAGUGACAAGGAGGAGAGCGACAAGGAGGGUGAGGAGGAGGGCGAGGAGGAGGGUGAGCAAGCUCCUGACCAAGCCUCCGACUCCCUCACCCAGGACCCCUAGGGAGGAGUCCCCCCCCCCCCAAAAGGACCUCAGUAAACAUUCUUAUAGCUUCCAAGGACUGUAAUCCUCUAGAUGCAAGCUUUUCCCUUGAUUAUUUCUCCUACUUGUUGGGUAAACUUAAAGGGCUUGGGACUUUGCCAGAGCCGUAGUUAAGAUUGAUAGACGUGUUUGUGUGUGUUUAUGUGCCUUUUUAUUUACAAUUAAAUAAAUUUUCUUAUUUAUGUUAAAUUUGA